AUGGAAUCGUCGAUUGCGCAUCGUCCCUGGGAGGAUGUCAAUCCCGGUCUGCAUACACCCCCGGUCGUGACUACAUCACAGACUCUGCCUUCAAUCUCGACAUUGACGGCCAGCAUGAAUGGAAGUAUUCCGCCAGGCGAAAAAUCACCAGCAAGUUCUCUGAACACGCUCGAGCGGGACUCGGGCAAUUGGUCCAUGCCUCAAAGCACCAGAUCAUCUACGUACUCGCAAACAACCAACGGAACCGGCACCUACCAGUCGAUGUCCUUUCUAAACUCAUCUCAACCCUCCCCUAACCGUCAUUCGGGUAUAUCCGACCGGUCACCUCUCGCCCAAGACCAAUCCAGCACCCCCUCUCCAGCCGGCGCCAAUCCUCCAUUCACACAAGCACCGCCGUCUACUCUCCCGUCCAUCAACCAGAACUUUGACGCGCCGUCUCAUCGCAACAGCAUUAUUGAAUUACCAGAGUCUAGACGAAGCAGUGUCGAUAGCCGCAUGAAUCAAGGGAUCAGUGCAUUGGCCAUCAACCCGACUUCGCCGUACCACAGCACCAACGCAUCACAGUCGUCGAUAGUAUCUGGGCUGCAGAGAGAGCGCGGCAUCUCGAAUGAUUACACGAAUACGAACGGUAUGCGCGGGCCGCGAUAUGGUGCGCAACCACUCUCACCACUAGGACCCCGGGCAGGGGAUCAGCGAUUUCCACCUGGUCGUACUGCGCCUGCUAUUUCAUCCAAUCCGCGAUCCGAAAUCUACAAUGCCGAAGCUCCGACAGCGGGCAUGGCGUACGCCUUUCCGGAUCCUGAUGUUGCACGGUCCAGUUCCAGCAUGACGUCGCAAGACCACUCGUUGACACCGCAGGGUUCCUUCUCACGCAAGGGGAGUGUGGCGGAAUCACUUAAUAGCAGUGUGUUUUCUGUGGAUGGACGGCUACCCCGCGGGCAGCAAGAAUUGCCCCAGAACGUGCAUCACCACUCGUUGCAGCACAAGCAGGUUCGCGGUCUGAUGGGAGAGUCGGAAUCGCCUAAUAAUGCUACUCCGUAUAGCCGUACUCCCGAGCUGCGGGUCACGCAUAAACUCGCAGAACGCAAGCGACGGAGUGAAAUGAAGGAUUGCUUUGAGAUGUUGCGAAUGCGACUACCACAGAGCCAGAAUAACAAAUCUAGUAAAUGGGAGACCUUGACAAGAGCUAUUGAAUAUAUAACGACACUUGAAAAACAAGUCUCAACUUCACGACGAGAGAAUAGCGAUCUUCAACGCGAAGUGCAAGAUCUACGGGCACAACUCAAUUCGCAACAAAACGGCCAGUCCCGACCGCAGAAUAUGUUUGACCCUCACUCAAUGGCAUCAUCGUCGAAUGGGUCGCCUACCACAUCGUAUCCCACGUAUGCACCGGGGAUGGCGGUCGAGCAGCCGCGGACUCUUCCUCCACUCAUGAAUGGAUCUGUCGCAGCUAUGCAAGGGGUACAAUAUACCGAAGAACGGCGAUGACUUUUUUUUUCUUACUAAUGCCUUUCUCGCAAGGGUUAUUCUCUUCUUUUUUUCCACUUUUUCCUCUGGUCAUCGGCAUGCUGGCAGGUAUAUUUGUAUUCAAUCGGAUCUGGAGUUGUGAGGAUAUUCUGGUUUUUGCAUUAUUGGAUUGUGUACAAAAAGAACAAAAUUCUGGGCGGGGUGUGUCGCGUAUCAUGGAGUCUUUUCUUUUUUUCUUUUCUUUUGCUCGAUAUCCUUGAGGUUAUACUUUUCUCUGAAAAAGAACAAAUAACCGCCUUAAUCUUAAGGCUUAAAUCGAGGAUAUCGCGCCCUAUACCAAAAACGGCUAGCUCCUCUCCGGAUCAUGUGCCAUUCCUCCAUACUAUUGUUCUUCCUUCAUACCCAAUCGA